UGGCUUCUCGUAGCCGCUCCAAAACGGUGCGCAGGUGCUCCACAUGCUCGUCCAAACUCCGACUGUACACCAAGAUGCCGUCGAGGUAGAUGAGUACGAAUCUAUCCAGCAUGUGUUGGAACUCCAUUGUCAUAGCCGCUUGGAAUGUGGUCGGGGCAUUCGUAAGGCCAAAAGGCAUAACCAGGCAUUCGAAGUGCCCAUAUCGCAUCUUAAACGCGGUCUUGUAGCGGUCCUCCUGCCGGAUCUCGAGUUGGUGAUAUCCCGAUCGGAGGUCAAGCUUGGAGAAGAACUUGGCGCCGCCCAGCCGUUCGAGGAGGUCGUCGAUGCGCGGAAGAGGGCCGACGUUCUUGACGCGACGGGAGGAGAGGCGGUGCAGCGGCCGCGAGAGGUGGGGGGGGGCGGAGAGAUUGGGCAUGGUGAGCCCGACCAGCCAUUGGGGGGUAGAGGCGGUGGCAUCGAGGGGGACGUGAUCAUCGACGAUCGCGAGGCACGUGGCACGACCCGGGAGGGAUUCCCGGGACACGAGGAUCAGCCUGAGUUCGAUCCAUUGAUGGGGGAGAGGAUCGUGGACUGGCAGCGGCGAGGGGGCAAGGGGCAACAGCCUCCUGUGCAGGAACCGCCGGGGGAGGGUUCUUCCAAGAGGAAGGAAGGGGGGGCUGUUCCGGCUACCACUCAAGCUGGAAAGAGGCUUAGACAGGAGAAUGUGGAUGACGUGUACGGUGGCGAGUGGGUUGCUUGCCACAAGAAGGCCUUCCUUCGCUGGCUUUAUUCCAGCGGGGUUUCCUUCAAUGCCUUUCGCAAUGAGGCAUGGAGGGCAUAUCAGCAGGUGCUUCUUCAGCAGCCUGGCAGUUCGCCGCUCGCUGUGCUCCCUAGCCACAGCGAGAUUGCGAGCAUGCAGGCAGUGGAGAUGCACCGUGCGGAGUUGGCCGAGGAGUUGGAGGAGUUCAUGUCGCUCGUGCUCGAGUGGGCACAGGAUCUUGUGCAACGGGUGAAGGAGGCAUGCGCUCCUUUGGGGUCCUCGAUCGCAGACCGGAUCAUCAGGCGUGUGCAAGCACGCUCCCAGCACAUGCUAGAGCUGGCCCACUUCGUUGGGUUCUUACUGAACCCCCGCAGGCGACAUGUUCCAUAUUUUUCGGGCGAGGUGCAGGAGUACCAUGCUUGGCUUGUGAGACAAGCCAAGAGGUACAUUCUGACGCAGACGGGUUUCGAUUUGGAGGGUGCGGAGUACCUCCUUGCCUGCCGGCAGUUCGAGGACUUCCACAUGCAGCAGGGCAGGUUUGCGGAGAGGAACUGGGCAGUCCACGAGGGCAUCCACACGAAGAAGCGCAACAGGUUGGCCUUUGAGAAGGUCGUGCAGCUCGUUGAGAUCACCGCAAAUGUGCGGUUGACAGAGUAUCGGCGGGCAGGAUGCGGUUACGUGCUGCCAUGGCAGCGUGGCGAGGGGAUGUUGGACUGCCAGGCAGGACUAGAGGUUGAGCCGGUGCGCACGGGCACGCGCCAGGGGAUGACGGCGGCGGAGAUUGCAGAGCAGGUUGCGCUUAUUACGCGCGAUCCCAUCGGGUCUUCCGCACCGCCAUCCGCUGAUGCCGUUUUUGAGAGACUUGCUUGCAUUUUUCGUCCGUACCCCAGGGACGAUGACUCGGAUGAGGAGCCCGCACCCGAGGGAUCAGAUGACCCUGCCCUGCCCAUCCCGAUCGAGAUCGACGAGACGCAUGAGGAGGCCAAUGAUGCCGAGGUGAGGACAUACACGGCUCGGUGGGCAGCGGACCGGGCAGAGGAGGAGAUGCAGGGGGGAGACGAGGAUUUAUGGGGCCCUUUCGGGGAGGUGGCUUCCACGGGUGAUGCGCGUGCUGACAGAGGCGGGGCCUCUCAUGCCGACACGAGCCGUGCAGAGGCGGGGAGACCAACUCCUGCUCCAACCGGGCGAGAGCCGGCCGUUCAGCCACCUCCUGCGCCGGGUCCGGCACCGCCCACCCCCGUCUCGCCUCUACAGCCGGCCACUACACAGGCGGAGACGGAGGAGUUGGCAUCCUCCUUGCCUCCGCAGGGGGGUCUGCAGAGAUCGACGGUGGUUCGACAGCUGAGGUUACGAUCACCUUCCCCGGGGGUAUUACAGGAGGAGGGGGAUGUGGCAGCAGCAGCGCAGGAGGCAGCAACAGUCUCGACAGCGAGGGAGGAGGUGCCAGCACAGGCGACGGCUGAGGAGGAGGUAGCGGCAGCGAGGCUGCAGGAGGCCGUUCCUAUGGAUCAUGACGGUGUGGACACCGAUGAGCAGCUCGUGCGGCGCUUCAUCACGGAGGAGGUUGAUGCAGUCGUGGGGGGUUUGACCCCGGGGGCGGCGAUGGAGUUGGGGAUUUCUGGUCCCACAGGGGGGGCGGGGUCAGAGAUGGGGACGCACUUCGACUUCGACUUGUCGAUGGGCCCUCAACCUACUUGCGGCGGGGCGACAUCGACGGAUCGGGCGCCGUCACGGAACAACGCAGCAGACGCGACGGAGACACAGACCCCGAUGGAGAGGACGCAGGUAGAAUCUCCAGAUACAGCACGCGACAUCAUGGAGCGAGAGAGGGCUCGACUUAUGGCAUCGAGUAACCCGCGUGCUCAGGCGUUCGCACGACACUUGGAGGAGACCAAGCGUCGAGAGACUGGGGGGGAUGGUGUGCAGGGUGGGGUGGUGGCUGGGGAGGACGUUAUGGAGGGAGUAGCAGUAGAGGCCGACGAUGAGGCUAUACGGGGUGGGCCAGAGGCAGUGGAUGUUCCUGUGGAUCGCCGGCCACAAGCAGCGGAUGAGGCUGUGCAGGCAGGACAGCAGCGAGAUGAGGGGGCUAUAGACGCACGGCCCGUGGUUCAGGAGACAGCGACGGAUCCAGUCGUUCCUUUCUCGGGCCUGCACUUGGCUCAGGGCCGACAGUCGCAGCCGGUUCAGGCGGCAGUGCAUGGUGUGCCACCGCCCGUUAUCACGGAUAUGGGGUCCGAGCCGGUGGUGGUGCCUCCACGUCUUCCUAGUCACUUCGCUCCGCAAGAGGUCCGUCGUCCUUUGGAUGCAGAUGAGUUGGCUAGAGAGGCUGUGCGUGAUGUUACUCGAUUGGACCGACGGAUCUUCGACCGGAGGCUCGACCAUCCAGCAUGGCAGGCGAUCCCUUCGGUUCCAUGGGGUCCUGCGUCGCCCGUGUGGUCUGGGUCUACCUCCACCGGAGGACGUACUGCGGGAGAUUUUCCAGGGGUUUCGGGUGGCGUGCAGGAGACAGCGCCACAUACACGAGACAUGCCACCCCCUCCUCCUAGACCACCUGUAGGUGAUCCAUCAUCGUCGCCCACAGGCAGAGGCUCUCGAUCCCCACAGACGCCCGGGAGAUCGAGGAUUCGUGACACGACAGCAGUUCUACGGGACGUGUGUGACACGUCCAUAUUCGGGAGGACAGACCUAGAUUUGGAUUCUACCCGCCGUGUCACGGAGCACAUUGCACGCCUUCAGCCAGGGCUUGGGAGGACUUGGCGCCAGGACGACCGCAGCGAGGGAGGUGCCAGCAUCAGGUUGUGAGCCUCAGCGAGGUCGUGGUAGUGGAGUGUCCGCCGACACCUUGGAGCACGCUCUGAGAGCAGCGACGCGUGCUGUGCAGGAGCA